AUGUCAAUGCUAGACUUUCGGUAUUUGAGAUGUGUUAUGAAACGGGAGUGGAAAUGCCCUGAUAGUGAGAUCAACUUCUUUUUAUACACCCCGGAACGGCCAUACCAGCAGAGGGUUGAUGUAAGAAGGAUACAAUUGCUACCAAAGAUUGGCUGGAAAUUAACCAGGAAGAAUGUAUUUAUUAUUCAUGGCUUCAAUGGUACACACUCGAAGACACCUAUGUCUUUUAUAAGGGAUGCUUACCUGUGGCGUAAGGAUUACAAUGUCUUCAUGGUAGACUGGUCGCAACUGUCAAGAUUUCCCUGUUACUUAUCUGCUCUCGCAAACAUGAGGCUAGCAGCACAAUGUUCAGCGCAACUUUACUCAUACCUAACACAAAGUGGUGUGCUUGCGAAAAUGAUAACUUGCGUCGGACAUUCACUCGGCGCUCACAUUUGUGGCAUGAUGUCUGGACAUCUCACCGAGAAACAGAACAAGAUUAUCGGUAAGUGCUUUACUUAA